AAACCACUCUCACGUUACGAGACCUUGCGCUUCCGUGUUUACACACCCACGACAAGGAGGAGACUUGCGCACAGUGCAAGUUUACCAAGCAAUCAUAGUGCAAUUGCGGGCAAAGUGACACAUAGUAGACUGAAUGGUAAAAGGAGGAGAAUUCAGGUUCCACAAUUGCCUUCUACAGCGGAAUGUUCACUCGAAGGGGCUAUGGAGACGUCAAGAAAUCUACACAGAAAGUUCUGGACCCAAAGAAGGAUGUUUUAACGCGGCUAAAGCAUCUUCGUUCACUACUAGAUAUCACUGAGAAGACUGAACUGAAGACUUUCUUUGAAAGCAACUGCUCGCAGAUUUAUUUUAUCUUCUAUGAAAAUUUCAUUACACUGGAAAGUAACUUAAAACAAAAAGGGAACAAAUCGCAACGGGAGGAGCUGGACUCUAUCCUGUUUAUUUUUGAAAAAAUUCUUCAACUUCUACCCGAAAAAAUCUACGGUCGAUGGCAGUUUCACAGUAUAGGCUCUAUUCUCAAGAAACUUUUGCACACUGGAAACUCUUUUAAGAUUCGCUGUGAAGGGAUCCGUCUGUUCCUGCUGUGGCUGCAGGCGCUGCAGACUAACUGUUCUGAAGAGCAGCUCCUCAUCUUCGCCUGUCUGGUGCCAGGGUUCCCCGCCGUGGGCUCCUCACGAGGCCCAUGCACACUGGACACCAUCAUCUACAACCCCUUCUCCAACCCUUCUGAUGCCAAGGUCGUGCCUGAAGAGAUCACACCGCUGGUGCCCGCCACUCCUGGGGAGAAAGUAGCUGAUGAUCAGACGUGCUACGUCCUCCAAACGGUCCUCAAGUUCAUGGUUGUCCAGGCGUCGAGUUUAGAGUGGAAGAACCGAGAGAACCAGGACACGGGUUUCAGGUUCCUCUUCUCCCUCUUCAAGAAGUACUACCUGCCCCACCUCUUCCCCUCCUUCACCAAGCUCACCAACCUCUACAAGCCUUUACUAGACCUGCCCCACCACCGCCCCAAGCCGCUGUACGUGCCGGUGACGCGGAACAAUGAGAGCACCUUCUGCACGCGUGACCAGUACCUGGCCCCCCGCGUGGCCUUCAUCACCUGGCUGGUCAACUUCUUCCUGGAGAAGAAGUACGUCAGCUCGGCCACCCCCAGCACCAAGAACGGAGGCGAGGUCAUCCCCAAGCUCAUCCAGACUGUUACUGCGGGCAGUGUCGGUCAGGAGCGGGGCUCCAUAUCGGAGACGCUGGAGCCCAACGGGCCGAGCAGCAUGGGCAGCGAGCCGGAGAAGAGCCACUCCAACAGCAGCACGCUGACGGAGCGCAGGGCCAGCACCUCCAGCCUGUGCAGCGUGGAGGAGGAGCACCGCGCCGUCUACGACAUGGUGCACUGCAUCCUGCUGUCCACGCGCGACAACGUCAACUUCGUCAACGAGGUCUUCCACCAGGCCUUCCUGCUGCCGUCCUGUGAGGUCUCUGCCAUCCGCAAGGUCAUCAAGGUCUACAGGAAGUGGAUCCUGCUGGAGAAGCCGCCCUUCAUGACGGAGCCGGACAAGAGCGCCCUGGUGGAGGAGAGUGAGGACCUGAGUCCAGUCAUGACGGAGGUGGACAGCUCACACACACAGAUGCUGGAGAGUCACGGGCACAAGCGUUCAUCCAGCUGGGGGCGCUCCUACUCCUUCAGCAGUGCCAUCACCCGAGGCAGUCUGACCGAGGAGCAGAACAUCAACAUCAAGGCUGGCAUCCAGCCCACGCUACAGGUGUUUCUGACUAACUCGGCAAAUGUGUUUCUGCUUGAGCCGUGCCACGACGUGCCCAAGCUGCUGGACAACCAGGUGGAGGUGUGCCGAGCUGUGCUCAGCAUCUACCGACACAUGAUCAUGGAGCUGAGCAUGAACAGGCAGACAUGGGAGCAGAUGCUGCAGGUGCUGCUGCGGGUCACGGAUGCUGUGAUGAAGAGGCCGCAGGAGGGCGACAAGAGAGAUGUCUUCGCUCAGAACCUCGCCGGGGUCCUCUUCCGAACCAUCAUUGUGGCGUGGGUUCGGGCCAACCUGAGCGUGUUCAUCUCGCGGGAGCUCUGGGAUGAGCUUCUGCGUGUGCUGUCCUCGCUCAGCCACUGGGAGGAGCUGGUGAGCGAGUGGGCCAGCAUCAUGGACUCCCUCACCGUGGUGCUGGCCCGCUGUGUCUACGGCCUGGACCUCAACAACCUGCCCCUGGACAAGCUCUCCGAACAGAAGGAGAAGAGACAGCGUGGCAGGGGAGUGAUCCAUGACUCCCAGAAGGCUGCGGCUGCGGCGGCGGCGGUGGCUCGCUCCUUCUCCCUGAGCUGGAGAGGUAACGGGGAUCCGCCCGCCACCCAGGAGCCCAUGAGGUUCCGCAGCGCCACCACCACCGGGGCGCCCGGCGUGGAGAAGGCCCGCAACAAUGUCCGGCAGAAGGCCUCGGCUAAGCGAAGCCAGUCUAUCAGCAACUGUGUGCACCUUUACGAGGCUUUGCCCACUACUAAAAGUGUCCCUAUGCUCCUCCACACUGUCAGCUCUUUCUUGCCUGGUAUCACUUCCAACUCUCUCUCUCACAGGCUCUCAGAUCUUGAGGAGUGCCAGGUGUCGGAGAGCGGGGGCGAGGGGGAGGCGGAGAGCCCUCUGCACCGCAGCAGCAGCACGUCAGACAUCACCCAGCAGCUCACCAACUCCUUCCCAGGUCAGCGGAGAGAGGACUCCCCUAACAUGGGCAGUGCUGACGGCAGGACCUCUGUGUCUGAGAGCGGCUCCAUCGGCAGGAGAGACAGCGGGCCCCCUGCAAUUCUUAUUCGACGGAGCAGCAGUCCAUCUGAAGAGCACUCGGAGACCCAGCCCAUGUUUGUGAGGACCAAACUUCGGGAGAAAAGUGAGAGCAUAAGCAGUGAGACGUCCAACGGCUACCUCAACGACGCCGAUGUGAGCCUGCUGGCCUGGCAGGCCUUCGAGGAGGAGCCCGACUCGCCUCCACCCAGCGACCUGAACUCAGAUCACCAGCGCAGUCUCCUGCUCAGCCACACGGAGGCGCUAGCAGGUUCCGAGUGUCCCCUCCCCCCCCAUUCCCCACGUCCCCCUGCCUCGCCAGCUUUGCUGGUGCCCACUGGUUACCGUGACGGCACCCAGCUGCUGGAAGACGCCAUGCAAACCGCCCUGAACAUGCCAGAGGACCUGGACAGUAGCGAGUUCUUGGCAGACGAUGUCAGCAUCAUCGCCGGGGGCAGCCUGACGGGAUGGCACGCCGACUCCGCCUUCGUCCUCUGGAGGAGGAUCCUGGGAAUCCUUGGGGAUGUCAAUGCCAUCCAGUGCCCCCGCAUUCACGCCAAGGUCUUCGGCUACCUCUACGAUCUUUGGCACAAGUUGGCAAAGAUAAGAGACAACCUGGGCAUCAGCGUGGACAACCAGUCCUCCCUCCCUCAACCCGUCUUCAUUCCCCCUUUACUCAUUCUGGCAUCCUGGAUGUUUAAGGCCACCAUGCUGCCAUCAGAGUUCAAGGACGGGAAGCUCCAGGCAUACAGACUGAUCUGUGAGAUGAUGACCAAACACCAAGACGUUCUGCCCAACAGGGACUUCCUGGUCCACCUCUACCAUGUCAUGCACAAGGGCUUCACCAGCGAUGACCAGGAUGUGUUGAACACUGUGAUCAGGUGGUGCUCUCCCCGCUUCUUCUUCCUGGGUCUGCCGGGUUUCACCAUGCUGGUGGGGGACUUCAUCACCGCGGCCGCUCGUGUCCUCAGCACCGACUCCUUCGAGGCUCCGCGGAUAGAAGCGCAGACGGUCUUGGGAUCACUGGUGUGCUUCCCCAACCUCUACCGGCAGAUCCCUUCGCUCAUGUCCACACCGGGCUCCGAUGACAUUGUGAUCGGCGAAGAGGACAUUAAGGACUUUCUGGUGAAUGUAUUACUGACGACCGCCCGCAGCGAGCCCAGCGAAGGAGCCAGGUGUAUAGCCAUCUGUAGCCUGGGCAUCUGGGUGUGUGAGGAGCUGGUGCAGCAGGAUAUCCCCCAUCAGGUCAAAGAUGCCAUCAACGUCCUGGGGGUCACACUGAAGUUUGGGAAUAAAGCUGUGGCCCAGGUAGCCUGUGAUGUGUUCCAGCUGUUCAUCUGCCACUGGCAGCACCUGCAGAGACUGGAGCAGUCUCUCCCAAAGAGAAUCAUUGAGAUCUUUGUGGCCACUAUAGCUUUCCUCCUGCCCAGCGCUGAGCAUUCAACAAUGGAGGCAGACAAAAAGCUGAUGGUGUCUUUGCUGCUGUGCCUGCUGGACUGGUGCAUGGCCGUCCCCCUGGGCACCCUGCUGGAGCCUAUCACCAUGCCCGUCCUGGAUGACCCCGCGGCCCACAACACCCCUCUGCUGGACUACAUCUACAGGGUGCUUCAUUGCUGUGUCUCGGGAUCCAACCUCCACACCCAGCAGAGCCACUACCUCCUCAGCCUGGCUGAUAUCUCCACCGACUAUGACCCCUUCCUCAGUCUGGGUCAAGUCAAGAGCACGGAUCCCCCACCGGUGCACUCCAGUGCUGGAGACUUUGGCAGCUUGCUCACGGUGGCUGAAGAGAAGAAGAGGCGGAACAUGGAACUGAUACCACUGACUGCCCGAAUGAUCAUGACGCACCUUGUGAACCACUUGGGCCACCAUCCACUCAGUGGUGGCCCUGCACUUUUACACAGCCUCAUCAAUGAAAACCACGACAACCCCUACGUGGAGUCUUCUGAACUGUCCUCCGACGUUUUCAAGAGCCCGAACCUGCAGCUCUUUGUUUUCAAUGACAGUACGUUGGUGUCAUACCUCCAGAUUCCCUCGGAGAGCUCAGGCACAGUGCCUGGCGUUAACAGUCAGCCCAGGGACAACUCUGCACCCUCCUCUGAAGUCCGCGUCAUUGUGCGUGACAUUUCGGGAAAAUACUCUUGGGAUGGUGGCGUCCUCUACCGGACGUUUGAGGGACGACACAUCCCACAUGUUGGUGGAGAUGAUCCUGCCGACCACGUCAACCUCUCGCCGCUUUCUACAAAACAGACCUCUCAAGGGGAACCUUCCCCUUGGAUGUCUGAGAUUGAGGAUGAGGAGGAUGAAGGCGUGGACGUGUUGGACCAGCUUCUGGAGGAGCUGGGCCACAGCAGCCCUGAGUGUCUACCCCAGCCUCGUCUGAAGCUCACUCAGCCCGCACCCUCGCCCCUGGGCAUGAAUCUGGAACAAGAGGCUUCCAUCAUGGAGGCUAUCCAGCGACAGGCUUUACAGGAGGAAGAGGAAUUGGCUAGAAGAAAAUGCGGAGACCCCAGCAUCAGGGCUGCUCGUCAGAAGGAGCCCACGUACCAGGAGCCCAAAGCUCCCUUUUAUUUCUGCAGACUGCUACUGAAUGACCUGGGCAUGAACUCAUGGGACCGCAGGAAAAGCUUUCAUCUCCUGAAGAAGAACUCCAAGCUCUUAAGGGAACUUAAGAAUUUGGAUUCAAGGCAAUGUCGAGAGACGCACAAGAUUGCCGUCUUCUACAUUGGUGAAGGACAGGAAGACAAGUGCUCGAUCCUGUCCAACGCUGAAGGCAGUCAAGCCUACGAGGACUUUGUGUCCGGACUGGGAUGGGAGGUGGACCUGGCCACGCACUGUGGCUUCAUGGGGGGCCUGCAGAGGAAUGGCAGCACGGGCCACACGGCCCCCUACUAUGCCACAUCCAACGUGGAGGUCAUCUUCCACGUCUCCACCCGCAUGCCGUCUGACAACGAGGACUCGCUCACCAAAAAGCUUCGUCACCUGGGAAACGACGAGGUCCACAUCGUGUGGUCCGAGCACACCAGGGACUACAGGCGCGGGAUCAUCCCCACCGACUUUGGAGAUGUGCUCAUCGUCAUCUACCCCAUGAAGAACCACAUGUUCUUCAUCCAGCUCAUAAAGAAGCCGCAGGUUCCGUUCUUUGGGCCUCUGUUUGAUGGUGCCAUCGUCACGGGAACGCUGCUGCCCAGUCUGGUGCGUGCCACGUGCAUCAAUGCCAGCCGAGCGGUGAAAUCCCGUCUCACUCUCUACCAGAGCUUCUAUGAGGAGCGGGCACUCUACCUGGAGGCUAUCAUUCAGAACCAUCGUGAGGUCAUGACCUUUGAGGACUUUGCUGCCCAGGUGUUCUCCCCGUCUCCUAUGUACUAUACAAUGAGUACCACAGGAUCCCUGAGCGGCAGCACCAGCGCCGAGAUGCCCGUCACCACGGCGACCGCCGCCACUGCUGCCGCCGACUCCACCGACCAGGUCUCUCCGACGAUGCCACGCGCCACAAAGAACAGAGUGUCCGGGAAGCUUCGCCGCUCUGCCAGCGCCAUCAGCAAAUCCUCCAACUGAGCCCUCUCACCCUCGCCCAAACUCGCCCACAGUGUCCCUCCAACUGAGCCCUCGCCCCCUCUCUCCCUCGCCCAAACUCACCCACAGUGCCCCUCCAACUGAGCCCUCACCCAAACUCACACACAGUGUCCCUGCCAAUAACAACCUCAACCAUCAACAAGGCUGCAAUGUUCUUUUUUGUGAAAAUAUUCUAAUGUGUUUUUUUUGUUUUGAUUUUUUUUUGUGUGUGUGUGUGUUUUUUUGUUUGUUUGUUUUUGUUCUUGUUGUUCUACACUGGUCACAACUAACUGGAAAUGAUAAAUGGAUUAUUGCUGCCGUGGACGUCUGGUGCCCAUGUGUAGACGAGGUUGUACCACUACCACACUAAUGUGAGUGGAUUGAGAGGAACAUGUUAUUCAGACAUAUUUUUUAUUUUGACAGCAUCAGUGAUAUUUCAUGAUGAGCGGAAAUAUCACAAGCUAGUCAAGUAAGGAAGAAAGAAAUGUCUUUUUUUUUUUUUUAAGAGAUGACUGCAGUUUCUGUGCCGUAGCUGGACUGCUGGUAGCAUACGCUGCUGUUGAACUGCAAUACUUCAGACACUACGGAGAGAACUAUGGGAAAAUCUGCUCGGUACCACUUUGUGAAUGUGUGUGUUUGUGUGUGUGCUUGUGAAUAUGAAUGUGUGUGUUUGUGUGUGUGCUUGUGACUAUGAAUGUGUCUCUGAGCAAGAAAACACUUGUUGGUCAACAUACCAAGAGCUGAAGCAGUCUCUGUAUGUCAACAAGAGUGUCCCUGUUAAUAUGUGAGUGAACUCAUAUUAGUGUGUAAUGGGACAAUGCAUAUGUUGCCCGCUUUAUGGAAUGGUCGUCGCAUGGUCUGCAUAAUGAUCCGAUUCUUCUAGAAAGUUGAUGAAGUUUUCCAAUGUAAUGCUAAUGUCCACAGAGGGGAAAUCACUAACUCUAACGGAAAUGAAUCUUCGUUUCAGUUCAUGCUGUCAUUUACUAUUUUAAUUUAGUUACAUUCAUUAUUAUCGCUAUUUUCAUUUUUGCUGCCAAUUUCAUGCAUUUUUGCUGCAAGGAAAAAAAAUCAAGAGUGCAACUAUCAGUCAUUUUUCUGUGGUGUUACGAAGGAAAUGUAAACUUUGUUCAAAACCUGUAGAUUUAAAUUAUGUGUACUUGUCUGUUCCAUUGUUUCAUGUGAUUUCUGCUCGACAUUCCAAUGUGUCCAGAGGUGUUUUGAACUCUGUUGACAAUAAUGUAGGAUAUACAAGAUGUUUGUCCUCUCGCCCAUGAUGUGGUCCCUUCUCUCUCAAAUGUACAUUGCUUUAAAUUUUAUCUGAUGAUUUGUUUUUGUUUCUUGUUGUAUGUACAGAGUAAUAUUUGCUGAUGUUUUUGCCAUUUAACUAGAUGUGUACAUGAGCUGAAUUGAUGUAAUUGCCACUGGAGCCUCAGGUGAUUCUUAACUCCGUGCACUGGUGUGUGUGUGUGUGUGUGUGUGUGUGUGUGUGUGUGUGUGUGUGUGUGUGUGUGUGUGUGUGUGUGUGUGUGUGUGUGUGUGUGUGUGUGUGAGGGAGAGAGAAGGACCUUGUCAGAGUAAAUGUGUAAUACCUGUCCACCCCAAUUGCCUCCUGCACUUUCAUUCAUUCAUUCAGCCAUUAAGCCGAGGCUAUUUGAUUUAGUUGCUUUAUUAAAUGCAUACACUUGUUCUGAAGGCUGGCCUCAUACCGCUCAUCUUUGUAAAUUAGGGAGACAUGGGGGGUGGGGAUGGAGAUUGCACACAUGUGAAACCGAUAAAAUGAGCUGCUGCUGUUUUGUUGCCACAAAGGCCCUUCUGCUCCGCGGCUACUUGUGAUCUCUGCAAACAUUUCAUGCGAGCAGAUGGAGUGGCUUUUGGAAUGCCCCUUGCGUUUUUCCAGGAGUCUCUCCGUUCUGAUUUGAUGCUGAAUUGGAAUGAAAGCGCACCUGCUCCUCGUGGCUGCACCCGCCUCUGUCCCGGUGCCCUUACCAUGCCACCAGGGGGGUUGGAGGACAUGCCAGUGCUGAGCUCUCUGCGUCCUCCUAGCAACCGGCACGCUGGCGCUGCCAGCGAACCCCCCCCCCCACACACACACACACACACACACACACACACCCCAGCCCUACUCAUCUACGCACACUCUCCCUCACGCACACACUCACACACCUAUUCCCUUAGUGAUCCAAGCCAGCAGGGAGGUUGUCAUGGUGGCCAGGUGUUACGUGCUCUGUAAGCUCCACCUGAGCUGCAACACCACGCAUGUUGCACUAAUUUGCCUUACCUGAUCAUCUGUUCUUUCUGUCGUUGGUGUUUUUUUUUUGUAUCUUUGUCUCUUCUGUCAUGUUUCAUGUUUUGAGGUGUUCAUUUUCUUUUCCAAGCACUGAUAAAUAACAUAUGAGGCAUGCUCUUCGUGGCAGAUCUGAAGGAAGAUUUUUGUUGUUUGUUUGUUUGUUUGAGGAAUGUAUGCAAAUAAUGAACCCAGAUCAGUCCGAUAUUUCACCCACCUUGCAGCAGCCAUUCAGAAGACACACUCUUCUCAUUGCCGGCCGAUGUUCCUACUGAGUGUUGAUGUGAACUUUCUAGAAGUCUGAUAGAUUUGGAACAUGAUGGUGGUUGUCAAAGGUGACUCGGUCCAGACCUGGAAGAUGUCUUAAUUCCAGCUGGCUUUACUUAUGUGAAGUGACAGAGCUAGUGUUCAUUGUUGAUUUUGGUUUAGGAACCCUGUACUGUGUGUCUUUUGGGAGGGUUGUCAUCCUAAUGGAUAUAAAUAUAUUAAUGCCUGUAAUAUAAUCUUUGUAAAAGAGGGAGUGGGGGGGGAUUGAAGAUUUCAUCAUCACUUGUUAACAUAUCAAACUUUUUAAUGAGAAAAAAAAAUCUUGUUCUCUUUAUUAGAAAUGUGAAAAUUUAAAACAUUUCAUUAAAUCAAUUUGAAAUUCA